GCUAAUGGGCAGGGUAGUUGCUGGAAACACAGUGUCUGUGUGUGAUUUAGAAAAAGGUACCCACUCUGGGGAGAAGAAGCCCCUUGGGACAGUGCAAGACUUGAUGGGUGGAGAGAAUGAAUGAAUGACCAAAUGAAUGAACGAGAGAAACACAGGAGGGGCCUUGCCGGGACCAGUGAUGAUGACGUCCCAUGCAGAAAGUGUGUGUUCAAAGUUCUGUUUAAGCACUAUUAUUUAUUCUAAGAUUUGGGGCUAUUCUACUUCCAGAACCUGUUAGCGCAAAGCCCUGUCCCCGCUCCCCAGAUAUUAACACCUCCCAUUGCAUCACGAGGCCAAAAGGAGGCUGAUGACCUGCCUGGGGUCUGAACACAGGACCAGGUCCCUGACUUGGGGAGCGGGAGACCCUCCCCAGCCCAUUUCUCUCCUUCCCGGCAGUCUCCACCACUAACCUCGCCUGUUGCCUGCUAGGUCCUCGACACCCCCUGAUGGCAGGCAGUGUGUGGGCAUCCCUGGGACUCUCCCUUGCCUGUAUCUCAGCCCUCAGCCUCUGCUCUCCCGUCUGGUUCCAGACCCCCACCUUCUCCUUUGGCGUCCUCACCUACUGCUCCUGGCCUCAGGGUAACGGCUGGAACCAGAGCUGUGGAACCUUCAGGUCCCUGGACGACAUUCCUGACCUUGCCUGGAAGGUCUCAGCUGCAAUUCUCCUUGGAGGAUGGCUCUUGUCGGCCUUCCUCCUGUCCUGGGCCCUGGCCCCCAAAGGGCUGUGUCUCAGAAGGGGCAGUGGCCCAAUGCCAGGGGUGCAGGCAGCUGCAGCCACUGCCACCAUUGCGGGCCUGCUGGUUUUCCCCAUCAGCCUGGACUCCCCAUUUGCCAAGGAAGCCUGUGGAACCUCCUCCGUGUACUACAGUGGCCAGUGCCAGCUGGGCUGGGGCUAUGUGACUGCUAUCUUCAGCGCAGUCCUGGCUAGCUUUCUGCCUAUGAUUGGGUGGCCCUGCAUGACUCAGGUCCAGGGGAGGACCAUCCUCUUCCCCAGUGACACUGAGGAAAGCAUCCUCAUGCUAGAAAUGAACAAAUAAAAAUUUCCCAAGAGGAGAAAAAAAAA